AUGGACAAGCAGAAAGUUUUGGCUCGGCUGGUUUCGGACCUGCAGUCGUUCCUUCAGGUUCUGGAUGGCGAGAACCUCAGCUACAUCGCUCAGGCCCAGAAGAAGUCCAUCUCAGAGCUGCUGUCCAAACUCCAGGAACAGAAGGACGCACCAGUGGAGGAUGCCGAGUACAUGAUCAUGAACUGUCCCUCUGAAACCCCCAGCAAUGAUCUACGAGAUCAGACGUCUGCUGAGUGGCGCACGUCGUUGGGUCCUUCGGUUCCUCCGAGGCCUCCGUGUCGCUCCAGUGAAGAGGAGGACUGUUAUGAGGAGGCGGAGCCUUUUAUUCCAGCCAAUCAGUCUACAGAUAAGCUGGACUCGGACAGCAGUCACUACGAGUCCUACGGUGAGGAGGAGGAGGAGGAGGAUUUCGUGAAGGACAGAGCUCAUUACAUCCAGUGCAGCUCGUCUCAGCUGAGUCUCCGCCCACUUCCCGAGUCCAGGAUCUGUGGCUACCUGUGGAGGAAGAAGUGGCUCGGACAGUGGACGCGGCAGCUCUUCAUCAUCAAACAAGACUCACUACUGUGCUUUAAAUGUGCUAAAGACCUGAAUCCUCUGCUGGAGAUGAAGCUGGUGGGAUGUCAGGUGGUCUACAAGUCCAAACACAGUAAGAAGAUGCAGCACGAGCUGAAGGUGACGGCGGGAUCAGCCACUCUCAUCCUGGGCUUCCAGAGCUGCAGCCAGGCCGAGGAGUGGAGGAAGAUCAUUGAAGAACUCAGUGGUUCUUUGUACUACGAGCCAGAUUCCUGCAGUUCCUUGUCUAUAGUGAAGAGUGACAGACUGGAUUCGUGCAGGUCGAGUUCCGUUUUCCAGACGGAUUCGGAGGAGGAGCGACUCUCAGCUCGUCCGUCUACGCUCAGCAGCGUCGAGAUCAAUAAAUAUAAAGACAGGGCAGGGUACCUGAACGUGCUGAUGAACUGUCAGUGGCAGACUCUGUGGUGUCGGGUGGACGGUGGAGUCCUGAAUCUGUUCAGCGAUGAGGGCUGGGAGGAGAGUCCUCAGUACACGGUCCAGCUGAGGGGCAGCGAGAUUCGACCCAAUACCACUCACACACACACUCACAGGAUCACUAUACUGCAACAUGGAGACGCUGUGGCUGUACUGGAGGCUAGCUGUAUUGAUGAUAAAGAGCACUGGGUGCAGCUCCUGCUGGAUGGGAGCUCCACUGCCACCAAAUCUUCCAAUCAGCACAACAGCCACGAGUCACUCAGUGGGCUGAAGAGUCGGACCCUCCCCACCGCCAACACGUACAUGGACGACCCCUUCCAGCAGCUCUGUGGUUCAGUCCAUCCUUCUCCCAUCUACUCCAACACAGGCUCACUGGAUCACAUGAAACCUCACACUGGUGGAAAUAAAGGAUCCGUUCCAUCGUCCGAUUGUUCCAACUACAGCAACUGUGAAAUCUUCAGUCGUCCAGAUAAAAAGGUGUGUGAGGUGGAGCGCGGCGUGCAGAAGCUCCAGCUGACGGGAAAACAUUUCCAUAUGAGGUCGGGAUCGGAGAUCAACCUGGUCAACGUGGGGUCCAAACCGGUCAAGCGCUCGUCCUUCAGACAGUCUCUGCUUCCCUUCUGCAACGAGAGGACGCAGGGAGGCUUUUUAACUCCCCUGCUGCGUCGAACCGCCUCGGCCAAACUGUCUCUGAAACGAACGCCGUCCACUCUGAUCAUCGAGCACGGCCGAGUCCUCCACCGCAGAAAGGAGUGGGAGUCCAAGACAUCGGCUUGACCUCGACUUACUCUUCUGAUCCUCUACACAUUCCCCCAUUAUUAUUAUUAUAUUA